CCACUGACUACCUCUACUACUUCCCUUGGUUCAUCUGCCAUAGUCUCGUCGCACCUUGACUUGAAGCUGCUCUCCGGCUGCAAUGUCCUCGCCAUUCCAGCCCUCGCCGCUCCCCUAUCGUGCUCCGCCUCCUGGAGCGGCCCUGUCGGGUCUGCCUCGGCCACAGCCCCAUCAGGACCGCAAGCCGUACCCUCCCGGCUCCAUCUCCACCCAAAAUCCAACCGGCUAUUCGCCCACCGUCUCCUUCUAUGAUGGCUCGCCGCAGCCGGAGGCCAACACCCUUCCGGCCCUCAUCACCGCCACAGUCACCUCCGUCAAUGGCUUCAGCCCCUUUCAGAGCUCCAACUUCCCCAGCGCCCUUGGCCAGCUCUACACCACCCCGGUGACCACCAAGCUCAUCGCAUCAUUCAACUGGGCCAUCGUCGACUUUGACCCUUCUAUGGAGAAGAUCGUCUCUCCUCCCUUUGGCCCAGUCGAUUGGCGGUGGCAAAUCGUGAUCUAUCCAAACGGCGUCGCCGCUGGUCACGGAAGCUUUGUCAGUGCCUUCAUUCGGCCGCUGCCCAACGACCAGGAGCUGGCCGAUGCCGAGAACUGGAGCCGCCCUGUCAAGUACUUUACCAUCCGCGUCCGCUCCGCCUCAUCCGACGCCCCGGGCAUCUGGGACGACUUUGUCGUCUCGAGCACCUCUCUCGAGAGCUUUACCGGCUUCAAUGCCUCUGUCCCCGGAUGGGGGUUCCCGAGCCUCCUUGAGAUCCCCCGUCUCUCGGAAGCCAUCAACCUCGAGGGCACCAUCAACAUCGAAGCCGAGGUCACGGGCGAGGUUGUCGUUCCUUGGUCGAGCUUUGCAUACACCUGGACGAUCGACGGCUAUGACGAUCAGGCCGAUGCCGAGCUCGAGUCUGCUCCGUUUGGCACGGACGAGUGUCUGUGGAAGAUCCACUGGUUCAAGUUUGGCGAGCCCGGCUCGGCCGGCACCCACAUCGCCGCGUACAUCGCCCCGGUGCUCUCCCAGCGCGAGCAGUCCCUGGGCGAUGGGUGGUGCAGACCCAUCAGCUCCUUUACUCUCAAGGUUCUGCGCGGUCAAGGCGGCGCCCUGCUCUGCACAAAGACCUUUACCGGCGGCUAUAUCUUCAAUGCCAAGAAGCUCAGAAAGGGCUGGCCCGACCUGCUGAGCCUGAGCUUGAUCCCCGAAGCUGUGGAUUGGUCUGGCAAGGUGGUCGUCGAGGCCGAGAUUACCUGGGAUCCCAAGUUUGGCCUGCCCGAGACACCGCUCGGCCAACUGCAGAUGUCCCUUGCUGAGCGCACGCUCCAGCUUGCCGAGGCUCAGGCGGCUCCGGCCCUCAGCGACGAUGCUGUCGCCGAGCACGAAGACAUGCAGCAGCGCCUCGCUUUGGCAGAAGCGCGCGCCAGCCAAGCUGAUAUAGACCUGUCGCACCUCUAUCAAGAAGUCGAGCAGCUCAAGGGCGAACGCGCUGCGCUGGCAACUGAACUUGAGACCGUUCGCGAAGACUGCCAAGCCGAUCAGCGAGUGAUUGCCAAUCUGCGACAUGACCUAGACAUCGCCAAGCAGGUCGCCGAGGAGCAGGAAGUGCUCAAGGAGCGCAUCAACGAGCUCAAAUCCGAGCUCCGAGACUCGCGCUCGGCCUCCAGCGACUAUGCCGUCGUCAGGAGUCGCCUCUCCCAAUGCAAGUCCAGUCUAACGGAUCUCUAUGCCCGCAUGGACGAGCCUGACUACGCCGUCCCUACUACCAGGACCGAGCGCAUCUCCAAGCGACGAUUGGUCCGUCGCACCAUCGUUUCCACGGAUGGCGCAGCUCUGCCUGCCACCUCUGAGGCUGCUUCGCCGGAACAAGAAGAAGAAAAUGGCUGGAUUGUUGACAAGGAACUCGAGGGCCUCCUGAACGAGGCUGAACCCGCAACGGAGGUUCAGGUCAUCGAGGACUGGGAAGAGAAAAUCGAAGUCACCAAGGAAACCCAGCUCGGACCGUUGACCAAACUCGACCUCGACGAACUCGUGCGGCUCAGGAGCGAAAAUGCCCGCCUCAAGGCUGAUGUUGCCGCCGCGCGCGCCUCUGUCGUUGAGUCGCAGUCCCAGCUUCAGCUGAAGCUCAACCAGGCCGCUGAGCUUCGCGACAGCAGCGAACAGCUCGGGGUCGAGAUCCAGGAUUUGCCGACCGCAGUUCAGUCCCUUCAGGAGGAGAUUUCUGUUGCCGAGAUCGCCCUCGCCGAUGCACAGAAGACACCGAUUCCUAUCCUCCCAGAGACGGAAGCGGAACGCAUUGCUCGCAGCGCCGAGUUGGCCAUGAUCCAGGCUGAGCUUGAGGUCGGCAGGGCCGCCGUCCUUGAUGCUACCCAGCGCACGCCUGAGGAGCAGCUGAGUGCGGAGGAUGGUCCUGGCGCAUACCUGCCGAGCAUCCAAGCGCACGUCGCCAACCUGCAGUAUCAGCUCACUGUUGUGCGCGCCGGCCUUGAUCCUCAACUAAGCAGCUACAUCUAUACGGCACCGGCCGCAUAUUACCCUCCGAAUGAUGGCGCCUAUGCCCAAGACGGCGCCUAUGCCCAAGAUGGCACCUAUGCUCAGGAUGGCACCUAUGCUCAAGAUCCAGCCUAUCUCCAAGACGAUGUUUAUGUCCAAGAUGAGGGGUACGCCGGAGCAGCCAUUCUUCCGCCAGAGCUGCAAGUCUCUGCUGCCGAGGCCACCAAUCUUGGUGAUUCAUUUGAGAUCCUCAACGAUAUCCCCGUUGCUACCAAAGAAGCCACGAGUGCAUCUGCUCUUCCUCCUCCUCCGAUUGCCGUACCGCAGCGCGUCGAGGAGCCCACCUCCCAGUCGUCUCUGGCGAAUAACGAGCUGGUCGAGGAGCUUGAGCGUGUUCGUGCUGAGCUGGCCUGUCUUAAGGCUGGCCCUCUUGUUUCCCAUGGCGAUAAUGACCUAUUCAAUCCCGAGCCCUGGACUCCUGCCGAGCCAGCGCUGAGCUCUCUGGAAUCCGCAUCUACUAAGGGCGGUCUGAGCCAAGCUGAUACGGAGCGUCUCAAGAGCAAGCUCGCCAAGGAAGCGAAGCGACAGGGGUCGUUCUUUACCACUCUGCUUGUCCUGGGGCUCUCCGGUGCCCUCGCCUACACGACACUCUACGUCGCCUGCUCACCAGAGGUCCAGCAACAGCGCGCCCACCCCCAAAUCAACGAGAUCUGCAAUCAGCAGAUCACGCCUGCCAUGGACCUGGUUCGGAGCACUGCAAGCUCCCUCUCGCAAUCGUUCACCGGUCAGGUUCUUCCCAGAGUUAUUGAAGCGUACAGCCAAUUCGAAAGCGCCCUCUUAUCGAUACAGAUUGGCUCUGCCCACAGUAGUGCUGACGCCGAUCGUGCUGAGUUUGAACGAUUGAUGAAUGGCGAUGAAGCUCUGUCCCCUACUGACUCUCGGGUCCCGGUCAGCCAGCCCUCGGAGCCGGUCCACAGCUCCGCCCAGCAGACCCAACAAGACCAGCCCGCGUCUGAUCGUAUUGAAUCUGCCACCGAGUCCAUCAUCAAAUACGAGGAGCCCUCCCCUGUCGUCGUAGCCAUUCCAACCAGUGCUCCAGAGCCCCAGCCACCAAGCGAGCCGGCUUUCACAAAUGAAGAACUCGCGGUCGAGGAUAUCUAUGCAAACAUAGUCAUUGGUGAGCUGCACGCCGCGGUUGCCAACAACACCCUCGCGCAGCCUUCGGAUGACACUGAAGGCUCUGUGGCGACAUUGGUCGAUCCAACCAAAGUCUCUCAGCCCACCGAGUCUGUUGAAGCCAUUUACUCUGUCGAAACUAUCGCGACUGCUCCAGAAGCCAGCUCUCAUCCACCGCCCGAGUUUGUUGCCUAUGCGCCCAUUCCGACGCACGCCGCCGAGACAGCAGCGUCGGCCACCUCAGCGGACCCGGAAGCACCUGUUGCGUCUCGACAAGCCGAUCUCACCGCUCCGACUUCAGCCGAGCUUGAAUCGGAGGUUACCGCAGCGCCUGAGCCUGUGUCGAUCACAAACCAGGCACCAGCUCCAACAACCACACAAAACGAAGCUCCGGUCGCAACCUCAGAAGCCACCACGACCAAGAUUGAAUCCACUACUGUGGCUGUACCUGAGCAGCCCAUUGCUACUGAAGAUGACGGAUCGCUCCAACAGCAACAGCAGCAACAGCAGCAACAGCAGCAGCAACAAACCGUUGCUGAUAUCGCCGAGGAUAAUAUCCAGCUGAUAGUCGAUGAGCCCAAGCCCGACGAUGCUGAUGAGAUCAGCUCAGCCGAGACAGCUGCUGCAGCCAGCCCUACGGAUGUGCCUGCGACGGGGGCCAGUGUCCAAGUCGCUGCCGGAUCGCUCCAGGAGCCCGCAAGCGACUCUGUUUCCUCACAGUCUGCCGUGAAUGUUUCCCAAGACGACGACGCAACGGGUACCGCCGCUUUAGCCGCUCCAACAGCAGACACGUCUGCCGCUGACGCGGAUGCAGUCCUGCAGGAUGGCGAUGCGCAGCUUGCGGAUGAACAGACGAUCGAAAUCGUAGUGCCCGAGGAUGACGUGUUCAUCAAGACCGAGAACUAUCCCGAGGAGCCCAUUGAAGGCGACGACGCUGACCAGCCCGACGCGGACAGCAACGAAAACCACGAGUUUGUCUUUCCUGAGGAUGGUAUUGUCAUCAUGAACUCCACUAUUCCUGCGGCUGUUGAUGGCUCGGUGGAUGGCUCUGCAGACGGCUCGGUGGAUGGCACGGUGGAUGACAGUUUCGAUUCGGAAUAGAGGCCGUGUGGCUGCUGGUCUGAGAAAGCCGCUCAUCGACAAAGCUGAACACGACCAAAGACGAAUCCGCCUGGCCCUCCUGCUCUCCACAACCCGCACCCGACGUCGCUCUGACAUGCUU